ACAUGGAUUCACAUAACUGAUAUACGUAAUAAUUGUAAGCCUAAUACCUCGACAAAUUUAUUUUAAGAAAUAGUUCACUGUUAACAGGGCUCGCAGAGAUCCGCUUGCGUGUAAACAUGGGCACGUCAGCGCGCGAUAACGUUUCCCAGUACUGGAGAAUGGAUAUUUGUUUUUAAACUCAGGUCACUUCAUUCUCUUCUCCAACUGCCUGAGUGUGAGUCAUGGACAGCACUAAAGUCACUCUGACAGUCAGAGGGACCACAGCAGUGGGUGAGGUGAUUGCAGUGGUUGGCAGCUGUGAAACCCUGGGCAGCUGGUGUCAUCAAAAAGCCGUGACCCUACAGCCAGCAGAGGAGCAUGGCACCCUGUGGAGAGCAAGCAUUCAGGUUCCUAAAGGGGGUGAAACCAAAUAUCGCUAUUUCAAGGGAUUCAUUUUGGAAUCUAAGAAUGCAGGUGGGCCAUGUCAAGUCAUAGUCAGUAGAUGGGAGACCCAUCAGCUGCCACGCUCAUUGAGUCCCUCAGAACCAGAGCUUGUGAUCGACGAUGGACAUUUUGGAAUCCAUAGUGGGAUUGAGUGUGUGGACUCUGGUUGGUUGACGUGCCAGACAGAAAUUCGUCUCAGGCUUCAUUACUCUGUGAAACCUCCGGUAUCUAUUACUAAGAAAAAAUUUAAGAAAUCACGCUUCAGAUUGAAGCUGACGCUGGAUGGUUUUGAGGAGGACGAAGAGGAAAGCCCUUCAUCACAGCAUAAGAUAUCCACUAUGCUGGAGAUCAGUAUGAUCAGUGACAGCGGAUAUAAGUCUCGUCAUUCCCAGCCAGAAUGUGGAUAUGCCCUUGAACCCUCGCAGUGGAUUGAAUACAUUAUUCACACCAUGGACCCCGACAACCUAGAGCUCACCUUUGAGUUCUUUGAGGAGGACCUGAGUGAGGCCGUGGUUCAGGGUGAUGUCCAUCCAGGCCACGUGGGCAUCGCAUGCCUCUUGUCAUCUACUUUUGUGGAGAGCGGUAAUGAUCAGGGUGUGGUCACACUACCCAUCAUGAGCCGAAAUGCCAGACAGACAAUUGGAAAAGUUAGAGUGGAUUACUUGGUGACACGUCCUAUCCAAGGCUUCCAGUGUGAUAUGAGGCAGUCUUUUACCAAAUACUGGAAGAAAAGGAGCGCUUUGGAUGUUGGACACAGAGGAGCAGGAAGCACACUUGCUCCCAAACAUCACAAGAUCAGGGAAAACACAAUUGCCUCAUUUCUAAGUGCGGCCAACCAUGGAGCUGCUUAUGUAGAGUUUGAUGUUCAUCUCUCUAAAGAUUUAGUUCCAAUUGUGUACCACGAUCUCACCUGCUGCAUUUCUAUUAAAAAGAAAAAUGACAAGAAAUCAAUGGUAUUGUUUGAAGUUCCUGUCAAGGAUCUUACGUUUGAUCAACUUCAGCUUUUAAAACUCGUCCACACAACUGCCUUGGACGUUCAUGACCACAAAGAAUUGCAGGAUGAAGAAGAGUAUAUAGAUGAGCACCAGCCUUUCCCUUCCCUUUCACAGAUAUUCCAGGCUGUUCCAGAUCACGUGGGAUUCAACAUUGAGCUGAAGUGGAUUUCUCAGUUCAAGGAUGGCUCCUGGGAUGCUAAACUCUCCACCUACUUUAACAUGAACCAGUUCUUGGACAUUAUCCUCACCUGUGUACUGCAGAACGCUGGCAAAAGAAGAAUAAUCUUCUCAUGUUUUGAUCCUGAUGUUUGCACAAUGGUGAGGCAAAAACAGAACAAAUACCCCAUCCUUUUCCUGACCCAAGGAGUGACAGACCUAUACCCUGAACUCAUGGACAUCCGCUGUAAGACCACUAAGAUCGCCAUGAGCUUUGCUCAGAGUGAGAACAUACUGGGAAUCAGUGCACACACUGAUGAGCUCUUGCGAAACAUGGAAUUCAUCAGAGAGGCUCAGUCUAAAGGUUUGGUGGUCUUCUGUUGGGGCGACUAUAACAAUGACCAUGAGAACAGGAUGAAGUUGAGGGAACAGGGCAUCGAUGGCCUCAUAUACGACAGUAAAACCCUCAAGACCUGCUUAGAGAAACUCUGUUGCUGUUUAUUGAAAUUUAAAGAAACAAUUCACCCAAAAAUGAAAAUUCUGUCAUCAUGUACUUACCUCUGUUCAUUCUGAACCUGUAGGAUUUUAUUGUUUUGUUUAGUAUAGUUUUUCAUUUAUUUUGUGAUAAUUAUUUUCUUAGCAAUUUUGAAUGAAUUUUUAAAUCAAUAUUUUUCAUAUAUAUACACACACACACACACAAUACUUAAAUAUGUACUUUCUAUACAUGUAUACAGUAGUUAUAUAUAGGGAUGUAACGAUUCACCGCGAUACGGUACAUCCGGUGGCACCGCAAAAUGGUGGCCAGGACACGCAAUUCUUCUGUUGUUUUUGUUAGUUUGUUCUGUUUUUUGUCAUUCUUCUUCUAUAAGUUUUACCAGGGACGAACUCCUUAACAUUAGGCAACACAUCCCAGACAAUAUUUUUCCGGGUUUUGAUUAUUCAGACGUUUUGUUGGACAUUCUAGUCGGAAGUACAACUGUGUUGUUCGUACAGACGCAGAAGAGGAAAACGCAACAAAACGGAUGAAUUUCUUCUUCUCACUCGCACCAAUAAGGACUUUUUGAACUCUGCUGCACUGUGCUUCACUGAAUCCUGGCUGAGUGAGGCCAUUCCAGACAACACGCUUCAUCUGCCGGGCUAUCAGCUGUUCAGAGCAGAUCACAUCGAGUUAACGGGGAAAACGAGAGGUGGUGGAUUGUGUUUCUACAUCAAUGAAAGUUGGUGUUCAGACAUAACAACGCUGAAAAAGGUAUGCUGUCCUAACUUAGAGGCACUCAUCAUAAACUGUAAACCUUUCUACUCACUGCGGGAGUUUUCCUCUUUCAUUCUCAUGAAUGUGUACGUGCCUCCGGACGUGUGCGUGAGCGCCGUGAUGCAACAGCUGGCCGAACAAAUAACUGAAAUGGAGCAAAGGUUCCCAGACUCAAUUUUAAUAAUUCUUGUACAUUUUAACAAAUCAAAUGUCUCCCGUGAACUCCCAAAAUACAAGCAGCACAUUACUAUCCCACCAGGGACAGUAAUAUAUUGGAUCACUGUUACAAAGCAAUAAAGGAUGCAUAUCACUCUGUCCCACGAGCAGCUUUUGGGCUCUCUGAUCACUGUUUGGUUCAUCUUAUACUGACCUACAGGCAGAAAUUGGAAUCAGCUAAACUUGUAUUAAGGACUUUUAAAAGAUGAACUAAUGAAGCAGAGAGUGAUUUACAAGCUUGUUUUUACCUCACUGAUUGGAGUGUUUUUGAAGCUGCAGCCACUGAUCUGGACGAGCUCACAGAGACUAUAACUUCAUAAGUUUCUAUGAAGAUAUUUGCGUUUGUACCAGGACAUUCUUAUCAUUUUAUAAUAAUUAACCGUGGUUUAUUGGGAAACUCAAACAGCUUUGUCACGCCAAAGAGGAUGCUUACAGAAGUGGCGAUAAAAUAUUGUAUAUCCAGGCCAGGAACAGACUAACAAAGGAGAUGCGAGUGGGUAAAAAAACUACUCAGAAAAGCUGAGAAAAGAGCUGUCAGCAAACGAACCAGCGUCAGUAUGGACUGGUCUGAGCAACAUCACCAUGUACAAAACACCUCCCCCACAGUCUGUGGAGAGUCCACAACUGGCUCACGAUCUGAAUGUCUUUUACUGCAGAUCUGAAAAGGAUAGUCUACCACCCCCCAUCCACUCUGAUCUGCAUUUCACACAUUCACUUACCACCCCUGCAACCCUCUUCCAUCCUUCCUGCACAAUUCAACCUGUGCUUAAUGUCUGUGUAGAGGACGUGAGUCGGCUCUUCAGGAAGCAGAAAUCUAGAAAAGCUUCAGGCUUUCCUAAAAGACAGGCAGCAGCUAGUGAGAUUGGGCAAACUCACAUCCAGGACUAUCACCCUCAGCACCAGUGAUGUGUUCUCUCCCCACUGCUCUUCUCUUUCUACACAAAUGACACUUCAAAUGACACCUCUGUCAAGCUCCGGAAGUUCGCGGAUGACAGUGGGACACUCACAUAGACUCAGAGGUUGUACUUCCUUCACCAGCUGAGGAAAUUCAACCUACCACAGAAGCUGCUGAAACAGUUCUACUCUGCCAUCUAGGCAGUCAUGUUUUAAUCCAUAACUGUCUGGUUUGUUUCAGCUACCAAAUCAGACAUCAAGAGACUACAACAGACAGUCAGGACUGCUGAAAGGAUCAUUGGAGCCCCUCUGCCCAGGUUCCAAGAUCUUUACAUCUCCAGAGUGAGGAAAAGGGCCCAAAAUUACCUUGGACCCAUCACACCCAGCCCACUCUCUUUUGCAACUGUUGCCUUCUGGUCAGCGCUACAGAGCACUGACCACCAGAACAGCCAGGCACAAAAACUAUUUUUUUUCCACAGGCUUUAUUCAACCAACAACGUCCAUCACAGCUAACAUAGUUAUCUGAAAUUUUUAUAUUAACCUGAAUACUUUGUAAAUAACAUAUCUGCACACUAAUAACAUACCUGUACAUUUAUCUAAAAAUUAUCUUUUUUCUUCCCUAUACUUUUAUUUUUGUAUGUAUAGUACAUUAUUUAAAAAAAAAUUAUUCCUUUUUUAAAAUUUUUAUAAAUAUUAGUGUUAUAUUACAUCCCGACUGUGUUAUUCCUAUUUAUGUCUGCACUAUGUUGUACUUUCUUCUACACUGGAAGCUCCUGUCAUCAAGUCAAAUUCCUUGUGUGUGUUAACAUACUUGGUAAUAAAGCUCUUCUGAUUCUGA